CCUUGUUCUGUCUUUUGACUCUCCUCUCUCUCUCUCCGAACUUGUAAAGUUCCCUGCUUUCUAUCUCUAGAGCCAGAGCUUUCGCUCCCUCUCUAAUGGCGGAACCAGACGCCUAGGUCCUCUCUUCUCCCCAUCUCCUCUUUUUCUCCUAGCCUUGUUUUCUAGUAAAACGGCAAGAAUGACGAAACUUUUCACCUUCUUUCUCUCUCUAACUACGAUAUUUCUCUUCUCUCUCCCUCUUCAAGCCUCACCGUCUCCAUCUUCGUCUCCGUACAAAGAAACCCUUCAGCUUAUAAACUUCAAAUCUGCUCUUCCGGACCCUAAUGUUCUUCCCAACUGGUUCCCAAACCAAAGUCCCUGUAGCUUCCAUGGCGUGACUUGCAGAGAUGACAGGGUUUCUUCCAUAGACCUCAGCUCCGUCCGCCUCAGCGUCGGUUUCAGCGUCGUGGCUUCUUAUCUGAUGUCACUUGAUGGGUUAGAGUCUCUGUUUCUGUCCAACACGAAUAUCACCGGCUCCAUUUCUGGGUUCAAGUGCUCUGUCUCGCUGACCACCUUGGAUCUGUCGGUUAAUGCUCUGUCUGGUCCUCUAUCGACCCUGUCGAACCUAGGAUCCUGCUCUGGCGUCAAAUUUCUCAACCUCUCGGGCAAUUCCUUCGACUUUUCCGGGAAAAUUUCAGGUGGGUUUAAGCUGAGCAGCUUGGAAGUUCUCGAUCUCUCCUCCAACUCGCUGUCUGGCCCGAACGUGGUCGGUUGGGUCCUCUCCGGCGGCUGCGGAGAGAUGAAGAGCUUGUCGAUUAGCGGGAACUCGCUCAGCGGUGACAUAGACGUGUCCCGCUGCGGAAAUCUGGAGUUCUUCGAUGUUUCACGGAACAAUUUCUCCUCCGGCCUCCCUUCUCUCGGCGACUGCUCGGCUCUGCAACACCUCGACAUCUCCGACAACAAGUUUUCCGGCAACAUCUCGCGCGCAAUCUCGUCUUGCACGGAGCUCAGGUUCCUGAAUCUUACCAACAACCAGUUCUCUGGAUCCAUCCCUUCUCUGCCGCUGGACAACCUCCAGUACCUCUCGCUCGCCGGAAACAGAUUCAGCGGCGAGAUCCCGGGGUUCCUCGCCGGCGCGUGCCCAACACUCGCUGGACUCGAUCUCUCCGGCAACGACCUCUACGGUACUGUACCCUCUUUCCUGGGUUCUUGCUCUCUCCUCGAAACGCUUGAGCUGUCGAGCAACAACUUCUCCGGCGAGUUGCCCAUGGAUACUCUUCUGAAAAUGAAUGGCUUGAAGGUACUUGAUCUGUCUUUCAACGAGUUCUCCGGGGUCUUGCCGGAAUCUCUGUCGAAUCUCGCCGCUUCUCUGCAGACACUAGACCUUAGCUCCAACAACUUAUCGGGUCCGAUACCGACCAAUCUGUGCCAAAACCCUAGGAAUGCGUUGAACGAGCUUUAUCUCCAGAACAAUGGCUUGACUGGGCAAAUUCCUGCGACGCUGAGCAACUGUUCUGAGCUCGUGUCGCUUCACCUGAGCUUGAACUACCUAACCGGAUCAAUCCCUGCAAGCUUAGGCUCUCUGUCGAAGCUUCGAGAUUUGAAGCUAUGGCUGAAUCUACUGGAAGGAGAGAUCCCGCAGGAGCUGAUGUACAUCCAAACGCUAGAGACCCUGAUUCUCGACUUCAACGACUUGACAGGGGAGAUUCCUUCCGGUCUAAGCAAUUGCACGAAUCUGAACUGGAUUUCCUUGUCCAACAACCGGUUAACCGGUCAGAUUCCUAGUUGGAUAGGCCGGUUAGAGAAUCUCGCCAUCCUCAAGCUCAGCAACAACUCUUUCUACGGGAACAUCCCGGCAGAGCUGGGUGAUUGCCGUAGUUUGAUCUGGUUGGAUCUCAACACAAAUUUCUUCAACGGUUCUAUUCCCCCUGAGAUGUUCAAGCAGUCUGGGAAAAUCGCCGCGAAUUUCAUCGCCGGAAAGCGGUAUGUUUACAUCAAGAACGACGGUAGCAAGAAGCAGUGUCACGGAGCUGGAAACUUGCUCGAGUUCCAAGGGAUUAGACCCGAACAGCUCAACAGGCUUUCGGCCAGAAACCCUUGUAACUUCACCCGAGUUUAUGGCGGACACACUCAACCUACGUUCAACAACAACGGCUCCAUGAUGUUCCUCGACAUGUCUUACAACAUGUUGUCCGGAUUCAUACCCAAGGAGAUCGGGUCGAUGCCCUACUUGUUUAUCCUGAACCUCGGUCACAACGGUCUUUCGGGUUCUAUUCCUGAGGAGAUUGGCGAUUUGAGAGGGUUGAACAUUCUUGAUCUCUCCAGUAAUGAGCUGAAAGGAACCAUUCCUCAGUCUAUGUCGGCCCUCACAAUGCUCACGGAGAUCGAUCUCUCCAACAACAUGUUGUCAGGACAGAUACCCGAGAUGGGUCAGCUCGAGACUUUCCCGCCCGCCAAGUUCAUGAACAACUCUGGUCUCUGCGGUUACCCGCUCCCACGUUGCGAUGCAGGGGAUUCUGGUGCGAAUUCUCGUCAUCAGAAGUCGCACAGGGGACGAGCUUCUCUGACAGGAAGCGUGGCUAUGGGUUUGCUCCUCUCAUUUUUCUGCAUUUUCGGGCUGAUCCUCGUCGGGAUAGAGAUGAGGAAGAGACGGAAAAAGAAAGAGGCGGCUCUCGAAAUGUACAUGGAGGGCGGCCAUUCGAACUCGGGGACAGCCAACACGAGCUGGAAACUGACCGGCGCUCGAGAAGCACUGAGCAUCAAUCUUGCUGCUUUUGAGAAACCCUUGAGGAAGCUCACGUUCGCGGAUCUUCUAGAAGCUACGAAUGGUUUCCACAACGACAGCCUCAUUGGCUCAGGAGGAUUCGGAGAUGUAUACAAGGCGCAGCUGAAAGAUGGAAGCAUUGUGGCUAUCAAGAAACUCAUCCACGUGAGCGGACAAGGGGACAGAGAGUUCACGGCCGAGAUGGAGACAAUAGGAAAGAUCAAACACAGAAACCUCGUACCUCUCCUAGGUUACUGCAAGGUCAAGGAAGAGAGGCUACUCGUCUACGAGUACAUGAAAUACGGAAGCUUGGAAGAUGUUUUGCAUGACCCGAAGAAAGCCGGCGUGAAACUGAACUGGGAAGCGAGGCGGAAGAUCGCUAUCGGAGCAGCCAGAGGAUUGGCAUUUCUCCACCACAACUGCAUUCCUCACAUCAUCCACAGAGACAUGAAAUCGAGCAACGUGUUGCUGGACGAUAACUUGGAGGCUAGGGUUUCGGAUUUCGGUAUGGCCCGUCUGAUGAGCGCCAUGGACACGCAUCUGAGCGUGAGCACAUUGGCUGGCACGCCAGGGUACGUUCCUCCAGAGUAUUACCAGAGCUUCAGGUGCUCGACGAAAGGAGAUGUGUACAGUUACGGUGUAGUUCUGCUCGAGCUUCUGACGGGGAAGAGGCCGACGGAUUCUGCGGAUUUUGGGGACAACAACCUGGUCGGGUGGGUGAAACAGCACGCGAAACUGAGAAUAAGCGACGUGUUCGAUCCGGAAGUGAUGAAGGAAGAUCCAGGGCUGGAGAUGGAGCUUCUGCAGCAUCUGAAAGUGGCGUGUGCAUGCUUGGAUGAUCGGCCAUGGAGAAGACCGACGAUGAUACAGGUGAUGGCCAUGUUCAAGGAGAUACAAGCAGGGUGUGGCCUGGAUUCACAGUCCACGAUCACUACAGAGGACGGUGGGUUCAGUUCGAUCGAGAUGGUGGAUAUGAGCAUUAAAGAAGUUCCUGAAGGGAAGCUAUAAUUAAAAAGAACAAGAGGAAAACCUCUGGAACUCAGUUUUCGAACAGACAACAGAUUCUUUGGACAAAGAACCGGGAGGAGGAGGAGGAGAAGAAGAAGAAGCCAUCCACGGGGGUCGAGCAAAUUUUCCUUCUUUUUUUUUUUCAUUUUUUCCCGCCCUUCAAAAUGUAUGUAUCUCUGUUAUUUAUACGUAAAAAAAAAAGGAUGUUUUUUAGUUUCUUUUAUCAGUGAGGGGAAAAAGGAGAAGAGCUUCGCUCGGAAUGUGUAAAUAUACAGCUUUUUUGGAUUUGUGAUGCUUU